AUCAGUAACUGCUCGGCAUCGCUGCUGGAUAUUUCAGUUUUAGCUUUUAACCGAAACAAAUUUUUUUUAAUCAAAAACCAACAAAGAGUUUUUGCUUACACGCCAUCCCUGAAGAGAAGGGAUGGAUCUAGUUAUCCACAAUUUUUUCAAAAAUGCCCGCAAGAACCAAGAUCCAUUCGUUUUCGAAGCUGGAGGCAGUUGUUAUACACGAUGCAGAACCAGCAGACUUUGAACGUGCUAUAUCAGCUUCUGGUUAUGGUAAAUUUAACAUCAUCCUAUACAUCAUAUCAACAGCAGCAGGAUGGUCGUUCGUCUUCGAAACCACCACGAUGUCAUACGUUUUUCCAGCGGCAGAAUGUGAUCUUCAGCUCACACUAAACCACAAGGGCUGGCUGAAUGCAGUUACUUACGCAGGUAUGAUAUCGAGUGCGUUCGUUUGGGGAUUUCUUUGUGACACCUUAGGCCGGAGGAAACUUUUAAUCAUUGGAUUUUUACUCGAUGGAUUGUUCUUAAUGAUAGCGGCACUCUCACAAAACUUUCAACUUCUGAUGAUAGCUAAAUUUCUUGGAGGAUUUAUUAUUAAUGGACCUUUUGCGGCGCUAACAGCGUAUCUAUCCGAAUUCCAUUGUGCUAAACAGAGAGCUAGAGUCCAAAUGAUUUUGGGCGCUAUUUUCAGCUUAGGAAAUCUAAUACUGCCAGUACUUGCCCUUGUUAUCCUUCCGCUCAAUGUGAACCUCAAAGUGGGAAUUUUGGAAUUUCAUUCCUGGAACAUCUAUUUAAUGGUGAGCUCCCUGCCGGCACUUGCCAGUGGCAUAGCCUUCAUUUUUCUCCCUGAAAGUCCAAAGUUUCUUAUGUCCAUUGGAAAUAACGAGAAGGCCCUUCGUGUAUUUAGAGAAGUAUAUCGAGUUAACACCGGACAUUCAGAGGAUAGUUAUCCGAUCAAAUACCUGAUCGAUGAAACUAAGAUGAACAACUUUGACUUGAAUAUCAGUAGUAGUGACGUAACAGUGACGAGGACCAACACUCAAAUGUUAAAAGAAGGCUUUCACCAAAUCAAACCAAUAUUUAAAGCUCCUCACGUAACCAAAAUCUUUCUGGUUUUUAUGUUGCAGUUCUUGAUCAUGAUGGGAUUGAACACUCUAAGACUAUGGCUUCCACAAAUCUACCAGGCGAUGAACGAUUACAAAUUCUACAAUAAUGAAAGUGCCACACUUUGUGAGACUUUGGAAAUAUUUCAACCAAAGACUGAUAUCUUUAAUCUAACCGGAGAACCAUGUGAAGUGAAUUUAAAUAAUACAGAGGUGUACACAAAUUCUAUGAUAGUGGCUACGACAAGUAUCAUCGGGUACAUUACAGCAGGAACGUUGAUCAAUUCUUUGGGAAAAAAGAAGCUAUUAAGUAUCUUGGGAUUCAUAUCUGGCUCCAUGGCAAUGACGUUAUAUUUUUCAAAGAAUGUAACGUCUACAAUAGCAUUUUCUGCCAUGUUUGUUACAUUUGGUAGCAUAGGAAUAAAUGUUAUAUUAGCAGUUGUAGUAGAUUUGAUACCAACUUCGUUAAGGACUAUGGCUGUAUCCCUUACAAUGAUGUUCGGAAGAUUUGGUGCAGCGCUAGGAAACUUGAUUUUCCCCUUUUUGUUAGAGUCAGGAUGUGCACCUCCGUUUUUCUCUGUCGGAUCUGUGAUGAUUGGCUGUGCUUUCUUGGCAUACUUCCUUCCAAAUACGGAUAUGAAAGCAUUGCUCUAAGAAAGUAAUUAAUUUAAAACCUUAUAAAUGAUUGAAUCAAAAAGUUGCAAUGGUGAAAAAUUCAAAAAUGAAUACAGCGUUAACGAAAAAAAUGUAGUAACGUAAGAGAUGGAGACGAAAUACAACAGAAUUAAAUUCAGCGAUAUUAACGAAAGGCAUGAGGAUUGUUUUUGAUUCAAGCAUAUAAGAGCUUUUUCUCUGGUUGUUUUGCAAUAUGGACUGACUACACAAUAUUUUUAGUAUGAAAGACAAUAAAUCUAGAGAAAAAUUAAUGUAAAAAUUAAUCAAAGAAUAUCGGUUAGAGGAAAGUCUUAUUAGUAGUAAAAGCAACAUUUGUGAACGCUUCCAAAGAAAGUUCGUCUGUAUUGUUACGAUAUUGUUAAUGUCUAUCAGUAUUUAUAGGUAUAUUUAUAUUUAUUUCAAAACGGCCGUAGAAAAAGCGUUAAGUAAGUCUAAAGCAAAAGCAACUUUACAUUUAACACUAGAUUGGAAUAUAACAGCGAUAGUUCGAACAAGCUGAGAAUGCGAGCAUAUUAUCAUAACAAAAACUUUGUUUACGGUUAGCAAACAUAAUUUCUAUAUUUCUACCUAUAUAUUUCUUUUACUUUUUCUUCCUCUUUAUAAGCAAUUCUGCUUGUUCAUUGUGUCGGCCUCAUAUGAAAAGUGCCUAAGUCCAAAUUAACAAAUUUUACAGGAGACGAAAAAAAAAUGAUUUAAAGAAUGAGUUUGACUUAAAACUUUAUCUUAUUUGAUACAGUUACUUAGAAUAGUGUCCGGCGGCCUUCUCAUAAAGAUAGAUCUAUGCUUAAAAUAUUAUUACUUUAAAAAUGGAUUUAGGCAACUUUCAUUUUUGAAAUAAGGAAAAAUUUUGGAGUUGGGCACACUUAAUAACGAAAAUCAUGAAAAAAUAUGCGUAACUCCAUAAAAAGUCGCCAAAAAUAAACUGUGAAAAAUGCUUAAGUCCCACAAGAAAAACAAAUGUGGGGUUUUAAGGAUAAUAAUGCAACUUAAAAAUAUAGUUAACACAAAAACUAUAAUUGUAUGAUCAAAUUGAACUUACCUUCAAUAAGUUUACACUAUUUCCAUGAAGAUAUGUUAGCUUAUAAUACUUUUCUUGAAGAUAUAACACAGCAGCGCAGCAAAAGUACAUCUAACCUCAAUGACAAUGGACUUUGGCAAAUUUCAUGUGAUUCACCCAACGCCGUGAAGUUGGGUAGAAUUCUUUUUUGUGCUUCUAGCGACAUCUAUUGACUUUUUUGUCUUGCUAUGCAUGCAUACCAUAAAUAAUCAGAUGGAGCAAAAAUCUCAUUUUUGCUUAUUUUUGGACUUAGGCACUUUUCAUAUGAGGCCGACGAUUGGCGUAUUGAUGCCUGUAUGGAAGGUUAUCACUAGUCACUACAUCUUUUGCGUGGUCUACCGAUUGGUGAUUUAUCUCUUGCUAUUUUAACUACACGUGUCUUUCCCAUUCUGGUUAUGUGGUUAUUCCAUUUUUUUUCUAUUUAGUGUCCAGUCGUUUAUACACUGUACGUUACAUUGUCUUCUAAUAUCUUCGCUCCUCUUUCGAUCUCUCAGUGUAUUUCCUGUAAUUCUUCUCAGUACUCUCAUCUCUGCCGUUUCCAGUAGUCUUUGUGUUGUGUCUGUAUCGGGUCUUGUUUCUUAUGUGUAUGUCAUUAUUGAUCUUACAAUGGCUUUAAAAAUUCUUGACUUCAUCUCAGUGUUAAUAUGCCGGUUACGCCAUAUACAGUAUUGUGCGAAUUAAUGGAAUCAUUGUGAUUUUUUUCAAUAUUAACAGUUGGCAAUACUGCAAUGUUUUUCAUACAUGGGGGUUGGAACUUUGGUACCAAUCGAAGGCAUGAUGAACAGCGAAAAAUACAAAUCCAUGUUGGAACAGCGUUUGGACACAGAACUCCAAAAAUGUCAGCCCCAAGGAGGAGCGAUUCUUCAACAAAACUCUGCUUCCUGUCACAAGUCAAAGCAAAUGAUGGAAUUUUUCAAAAAUAAGAAGAUUAGUGUUUUAGAUUGGCCCGGUAAUUCGCCAGACCUCAACCCGACUGAAAAUUUAUGGGCCAUUUGCAAAGCUAGACUACGCAAAAUCGACUGUACUACAAAAAUAAAAAAUGAUAGAAGCGAUCAUUCAGGUUUGGUUUCGAGAUGAAAGGAUAUCUGGGAACUAUCAAAAGCUCGUAGAAUCUAUGCCAAAACGGGUAAAAGCAGUAAUAGCAGCCAAAGGGGGGCAUAUUUCCUACUAAGUGAUGUAAGUGUUUACCUUUAUAGUUUUGUCCAAAUAUAAUUUUUUUCUAAAUAAACCGGGUUUUCAUUAAAACAGCUUAUGAUUCCAUUCAUUCGCACAGUACUGUAGUGUUAUUAAAGCAUCAUGUCAGUCUAUUUGCUUUUUUUUACUUGAUUUCUUACUUCUUUGCCCAUUUCUCCAUAGCUGGACAGUGUACCUAAUUCCAAGGUAUUUUAUUUCCAUUACGUGUUCAAUAGUGAUACCAUCAAUUUCUAUUUUACAUCUGAUUGGUUCUUUAGCGAUUACUAUUGUUUUAGUUUUGUGACAUAAAAUUGUCAUAUUGAAUUCUUUUGCUCUCGAGUUAAAUAUAUGUGGACUAAUCUUUGCAGAGUAUAUAUUUGUAUAAUAAUAUUACUAUUGAAUUGAUAUACCUAUCGUAUGCCUUAAGUCGAAAAUUCGAUUUUUCGACUUUGAAAUGCAAUUUUCAGAUUUGGAUUCAGGAGACAACUACAUAAGAGUCCAUCGGUAGAUUAACUCCAAGUAUAGCAGGGGCGGCGACGCACAAACGAACGGACUUUGCGAAUUUAUAAACAAAAACGAUUUUUUUGUUAAAAAAUCAUCUCAAUAGUAUUGGAAAUAUUUACCAUACGAGAAAAGAUAUACCAAUCUAGGUAGAAUUAAGUUUUUCUACGAUGUAAAGUAGCUUUUCUUUAUGAUACACCAUAUUUUUGAAUAGGUUAUCAAGUAUGAACAUUUUUUUAACGUACUAAUAAGAGAAUGAUAUAUCAGUAUUUUUUAUUACAAAGUAACUUUUAAGUUGUAAAUGUCUUGUGUAAUCUGUAAAAUAAAAUAUUCGUUCUUUUGGUAUAUAAA